UAUAGAGCUGCAGAGCCUGGGCCCUCUCUGCCAUGCCCCCCAAGAAACAGGCUCCGGCUGGGGGCAACAAGAAGGCGGAGCAGAAAAAGAAGGAGAAAAUCAUUAAGGACAAAACUUUUGGUUUGAAGAAUAAGAAAGGGGCAAAGCAACAGAAGUUCAUCAAGGCUGUGACUCAUCAAGUUAAAUUUGGUCAACAAAAUCCACGACAGGCUGCACAAAAUGAAGGUGAUAAGAAAUUAAAGAAAGAUGACAAGAAGAAAGAGCUUCAGGAGUUAAAUGAACUAUUCAAACCUGUAGUUGCUGCUCAGAAAAUAAGUAAAGGUGCAGAUCCCAAAUCUGUAGUAUGUGCAUUCUUUAAGCAAGGGCAGUGUACUAAAGGAGAUAAAUGUAAGUUCUCCCAUGAUUUGUCUCUGGAAAGAAAAUGUGCAAAAAGAAGUGUUAAUAUAGAUGCACGAGAUGAAGAACUUGAAAAGGAUACCAUGGAUAAUUGGGAUGAGAAAAAGCUGGAAGAAGUAGUGAACAAGAAGCAUGGUGAGGCGGAAAAGAAAAAACCAAAAACUCAACUAGUGUGCAAGCACUUUCUUGAUGCUAUUGAAAACAACAAAUAUGGCUGGUUUGGGGUUUGCCCUGGAGGUGGUGAUAAUUGUAUGUACCGUCAUGCUCUUCCUCCUGGCUUUGUAUUAAAAAAAGAUAAGAAGAAAGAAGAAAAAGAAGAUGAAGUUUCAUUAGAAGAUCUAAUUGAAAGAGAGCAUUCUGCUUUAGGACCAAAUGUUACCAAAAUCACUUUAGAGUCUUUUCUUGCAUGGAAGAAAAGGAAAAGACAAGAAAAGAUUGAUAAACUUGAGCAAGAUAUGGAAAGAAGAAAAGCAGACUUUAAGGCAGGAAAAGCACUAGUGAUCAGUGGCCUCGAAGUUUUUGAAUUUCAUCCUGAACUGGUUGAUGAUGAUGAUGAAGAAGCAGAUGAUACUCGAUAAUCUCAAGCAACUGGUGGUGAUGAGGUUGAAGACCUAAUAAGAAUAAAUGAUAUAGAUUUGAGCCAGUAUGUCCCAAAGGAUGUGGAUGAGACUGGUAUUACUGUGGCUAGUCUUGAAAGAUUCAGUACAUAUACUUCCGUAGAGAAGGAUGAUAAUAAAUUGAGUGAAGCUUCAGGAGGUGGGGCAGAAAAUGGAGAACAAAGUGAUUUGGAAGAAAAUAAUGAAGAACAGGAAAAUGGAGUGAUUGGUGCUGUUCCUGUUGAUGAAAACCUUUUUACUGGAGAGGAUUUGGAUGAACUUGAAGAAGAAUUAAACACACUUGAUUUAGAGGAAUGACAGCAAGCAAGUCAGAUGAAAAAAUUGUCAGCUCAGCAUAAAUCGAAAUUGACUACAUUAAUUUUUUUUCUCCUGUCUAGAAUUCUUAAACAAGAUGUUUAUGGUUUCUCACACUGAUUUCAGGAGGGUACCCCCUCCUUCAAUCCCGCCCCUCCCCCCAAAAAAGGAAUAUUCACCCUUAUCACCUCUAUUCUGACCUUGACUACAACUCUAUAGUAAGUUCAGAGUAGGUCAUAAGUAAUCUGAAAUAUAAUGGCC